AUGCGUGGUCUUAGCAAGGCGGCGACGCUCAUAUUGGCGCCAACGGCGGUGUUGACGAGGCCUUUACCGAUAUCAUCACGAGGUGUCCCGACUGAGUCUGCAUUUUCCGUUGCUGUUGCUGUAGACACCAGCGGCUCUAGAGACGCAAAGACGGUCGAUCAAACUCUGGUAUUCAACCUUGACAUCCAAGAGUCCUCAGAGGCUUGCAGCCAAGCCAAAGUGAGGAUCGACGGAUUCCUCCUAUCUCAGGAUGACAACGGCACCGGCCAAGGGACUUUCGCCUCCCAGGACGGGCACACCGUCACCGCGAGCUGGAAUUUUACUUGCAAGGAGCACGUACGACGAGUGCCUUGGGACCAGGAUCUGACGGUGACAAUCAUCUCACUAGACGGAGAGACUAUCCCCGAGACAUCCUUUGUGACGAGCUUCAGACAACGAACUCCCGUCAAGGUCUACGAUGUGGGAGGAGAUUCACUCGUCUACACAACCGAGGGCCAUGCGCCUACUCGGCUCGAUAAGGAGAGGGUGCUAGAGAGGAUCAAGACGCUCACCGGCUUAUCAGACGUCGACGACGAAACCAAGGCGGACAUUGGAGACAUUAUUUCGAUAGAGACCCAGAUGCGCGAACUCGGAGAACACAUCAAGACCAAGCAGCGAAAAGUAUUGGACAAGCUGGGCAUCAAGCCUCCAACGCCGGCGUUCAACUUUCAGACAUUUUACCAGACCGCCAAACUUGCAUCUUCUACUCUUCGGGGCACCAUGGAGCACUGGUUGGGCUCUGUGCUUGGAAUCCCUGUCGAGUGUGAUCAUCAUCAUCGUCAUCAUGAUCACGGGCAUGGCAACCACCAUCGACACCCUCACCGCCCUCAUAAGGAGACCGAUGUUGUGGUGAGCAUGCAAGUGGAUGGCGAGGGAGGACAGCGCUUUUUCUACUACCGAGACCGAGACGAUACCGACUCCAGCUCUACACGACUGACGCCAACUCCCCCUCGAAGAAACGUCACCUACUUUCCCCUCUUCGCAAUCAUCUUCACCUUCCACCUAGCCCUCUUCUUUGUCCUCCGAUCCAUCCGUCAACGAAUGCACAGCCGCCGCGCGAGGAACCACAGCAACCGUGUGUGCCGCCGUGAAACUCGCUCCCAGCGCCGCAUCGAAAGACAAGCUCGCCGAAACGGCGCCCACCAACGCACCACGAAUUUCUUUUGUAGCAUCCGAGACCUCUUCCAGACCAAACGCAUCGAGCUCAAUGAAAAGACAGCCAUGCUGAUCCACGAAGAGGACACCUCGAUGGAGGACGAGCUUGCGUCUUUCCAGGAGGCAGCCUCUGUCAUCAGCGACCUGGUUGCUGUUCAGGAGACCACGAGGUCUAGAGAGGAGUCGCAGCCGCCAAGGUUCACCGAAGACGUGAGCCCACCGGCCUACGACGAAGUGGAAGAGAGGUUUGACGAAAAGAAGCCUGACGGCUGUUGA